CAACACACUCAAGGUUAUGGUUAUGUAGCACAUGCUAGAAGAAGAAUGGGCUCACAUCUGACAUCUAUCUGUUGGUCAGUCACCAUCUGACAGUCUGACAAGAUGCAUAUUGCCGAUUUUGUGUCUGGAUCGUUUGCAGGGGCUUGUGGAGUUGCAGUGGGUUACCCUCUAGACACAGUUAAGGUCCGGAUCCAAACCCAGAAACAAUUUACUGGAAUAUGGCAGUGUGCUGUCGCAACAUUUUCAAAAGAAGGGGUGCAUGGCUUCUUCAAGGGCAUGUCCUUACCCCUUACCACUAUCUCUAUGACUUCAUCGGUGGUGUUUGGCACAUACAGGAACUGCCUGCAGUGCCUGAGUCAGGCGCGAGGAGCUGGUUGUGGUCCAAACAGCAAACUAGAAGUCUUCCUGUCCGGUAUGGCAGGGGGUAUAGCUCAGAUAUCAGUGAUGUCUCCAGGUGACAUAGUGAAAGUACGACUGCAGUGUCAGACAGAGUCCAAGCGAGGAGGAACCAGCAUGCCCAAACCUAAGUACCACGGUCCAGUUCACUGUCUGCUAAGCAUUAUCAAACAGGAGGGCUUCAUGGGGCUCUACAGAGGAGCUCUCCCUCUUAUGCUAAGAGACGGGCCAUCAUACGCCACAUACUUUUUGACUUAUACCACUAUCUGUGAAUGGCUAAAAGACAGUGGCAAGAAAAGGCCAGAUUGGAGCGGCGUGAUGCUGGCUGGUGGAAUCGCAGGAAUGGCAGGCUGGACUGUAGGAACACCCAUGGAUGUGAUCAAAGCUCGGCUGCAGAUGGAUGGAGCUCGGGAGACGAAGCGAUACAGAGGUUUUUUUCACUGCAUUACAGAGACAGUACGGUUGGAAGGAGCCGGGGUUUUCUUCAGGAGCUUAGGCAUCAACUGCCUGCGUGCAUUCCCUGUGAACAUGGUUGUGUUUGUUACAUAUGAGGUUCUCAUCGGUUUCCUCCGAGCUGAACCAGCUGACCCGCCUCAGGUAGGGUUCGAAUAGUAUUGACUACCUCCAGUCUCAGUGUCUUGAAUUCCAUUAUAUUGUUUGUCUCUCAGCAUUUAAUACUUAUUUUUGUUUUGAAAAGGACACACAUAAUAGCAAAGACAUUAAAAAAGAAAAUGUCUGUUGCACUGCAAUAUUUUUUAAGGAAUUCCACAGUUACCAUCGGAGCUUCCUGUUAUAGUUACAAUAUUCAGCUAGGGAAGGUAAUGUAUCCCAAUACGCUCAGGGGUAACAUGACAGCAAUAGGCACUGUUGGCACCAGACCAACCACCUUCUGGCCACUAGAUGGCCUCCCUGGCCAGUUUGUUAGGGUUUCUAUUUUUUUUUUUCUCUCUCUGUUUAUGACAGGAAAACCAUCUCCAUGACUGGUGUUGUUUUUCACCAGAAGAGCAGUGCACCAAGAAACUGCACUACUCCUAAAGUGUAAGCUAUAUUUGACUGUACUCAAGACCAUUUAAGACCUUGAAUGUAGAUUUUGUGAAUGAGCUAUAGUAUGCACAAAUUAGCAAGCAUGACACCUGUCCAGGUCCAUGCUGCAUGUUUGCAUAUUGUUACGUCCACUGCUCAUUUCCAGCUCAGUAUCAAAAUGUUGGAGCAGGGCAAUUCAGCUCGAACAUAAUCUUGUAAUAUUUUAAACCUUGAUGAACUGGAUUUUUUUUUUUAUAUUAAUGAAUAGAAUUACAUUUAAAAGAAAUCACUCUGCGUAUGGGACUGCAAAAGUAGCUGAUGUUUAACCAACAAUGAGGUCAUCAAAGCAAGUCCUCAAUAAUAAAGGCAUGGGGCAUAUCUUGUUGGUUUGUUAUCUUCUUCCUCUAGAAUUCUAUGCAAUCUUGCUCAGUCCCAACAUAUAAAACACAUUGAGAUUAACUGCAGCUACUAAUGUAUGUAGACAAUGUGAGUGAGUAAGUUUGAUUUCAGAGGUUGGGAGACAUGCUGAAAUCAAGGUUGUUCAAACAGAAAAAUGUGAAUGGUAUUUCUUGUAAUUUAUUCGCGUAAUUAUGAUGAAAAUGUUUAUUGUGCCUUCCAAAAUAAAGGUAA